ACAAUACGGAUGAUCGGCUGUUAGUUUCGCGAGCGAUCCGAUAGGCGGACAAACCAUGAACCACUUGGUGGUUUACGAUGCGUACGGAACCAGUUCCAGCUCGAAACCGGUUUGGAACUAGUUCUCUUCGGUUUUUAGGCCCCCCCCCCUCCCCCUGUGAGAAUUGUGCGCAGCCGGCGUUCACGAAUAGCCACUUCGACCGGAUUACUCCGCACGUUCGCAACGCUUUCGGCCCGUUAAAUUUUCGUCUGGAUGAUCAUGGCCAACAAUAAGGAGCCGAAAGAAGACAAACUCGAUAGCUAUAUGGAAGUCAAAAUGGAGCCGCCUCUCCAAUGUUAUGUCGAGGAGCAUGAUAACAAUGAUUCUUCGAAUUUGGAGAAUGUCAACACAAUACCAGCAAGCGUCGACGUGGGUACCUUGCAUUUGUGGACCAGCAAGGCCACCACGUGUUUAAUCAGCCAGUAUAAGAAGUAUCGAUCGCUGGUCGGACAAUCGACGCAGAUUAGAAGUCUGCGGGAGAUGUUUGAGAUGAUAUCGCUGGAGAUGCAGAAUUACGGGUUCUACUUUAGUCCGCAGAAAUGCGAGAACAAGUGGCGAGUUCUCGAGCGCAAGUAUAAGAAUCUCGUGUUCCGCGAACGACUGAAAAAGCCGGGUAGGAUGCGACACUACGGUCAAUGGGAGCACAAACGCGCCUUGGACGAGAUCUUCAACGAGAAGAAAAAACACGUGUAUUUGGAAGCAAACGAGCAGCAGCCCCCAAGCGGAUCGGUGAAGUAUCCCUUGAUUCUGUCAAAGCCCGGUUGCGAGCAAGGUAGUAACUCGUUUGACAAUCGGCAAUGCGAAGAUCCUUUAGCGCUCAACGAGAAAGACGGUGAUACGUCGAAUUGCAAACAAACUUUUACCACGCUAUUUGAGAAAUUUAUGGAGGAAUUACGGAAAAAUUUCGCCUUAGCCGAAAAGAACAAAGAAAGGCGGCAUAAAGAGAAAAUGGCCUUGAGACAUAAAGAAUUAGAGCUGAAGAAGCAACUUCUCAAGCUGAAAGAACAGAAGAUGGAAUUGCAAAGAUGCCAAAUAAUUGCUGCUGCACAUAACUUGCGUUUGAAUACGAAAUAACAUGUUCAAUUUGCAGCAAACGCGAAUAUAAUUUAUACAUUUUAAUUUGUGUAACAUAAAACUUGUUUAUGUUCGCAUAUCGUAAAUUGAAUAAAAAUCAAUGUUUUCUUUAACGAUACGAUUAUGUAGCAAUUCUCAUUAAAAUUUAAAUUUUCUCUUCUCUAAAAUAACUCUUUUGUUUUAUUUUUGACAAUGUAUUUUUCUUACUGCAGUACCGUAGUUUUAAAUGCAUACGUUAUGUCUGCAUCUUCAGAUGGCAAUACAUGUUGAAAGCCACGUUUGGAGUAAAUUUUAUAAUUGAAAAUAUUGUCUAAUAAUGUAUGUUGGCUUGAUAGCAUCUUUUAUUUUAUAAAAAAUAAAAGAGGAUUUAAUAAAGUGCGA